AGGACGUAGGUGGUCUUAGGAGUCGCUUUAUGUCAACGUCACCUCAGUCACCUUGUUGAAGUCGUGCGUCUGUCAGUCAGCGUUGUGAAGUUGUGUGUCUGCGAUUUAGCAUGAGCACGACAGCAAAUAACGCCAACUCGAUAAUUAGUAUCGUACGAUGAGACGUGGCCUUAUGUCGAUGACAUCGUAAUUACCCUUGGCAUUACUCUCGUUAUCACGUGUCGCAGUAAAAUGUAUCUGUCGCAUUUCGUCGUCAGCACGCUGCUCUGUGUGUUUUCAUUUGUUCACGGGAGCGAGCUCGACUACGACGGCUGGCUGCAAUUGAGGUUAUGGCAUGCGUUCAAUGAUGAUCCGAUAGCCAUGUUUACGGAGCGCGGCAACAUCACCGUGUCCAGCGUGCGUAGUGGCGCGUCCGUUGUCGGACAGAAUGGCCUGUUGCCCGCUGAGAUAAACGCAUUAAAAACUCUUGCCAAGAACGACGGCAAGUACAGACUGAAGGCAUUAGCGCGAACCUCUUCCGGGAGUGAGAUCACAUUCCUCACGUCUGUCCCAGCGUGCUACCUGCUUGGUUCCGAUUUAGAAGACAUUAUAACGAUAUGGUUGGACAGUGCAGCUGAGCCAGUGGCUGUGAGCAUAUCAUCUUCAGGUCCUUGUAUAUUUGAUAAUCCUUUUACAAAUAUGUGGACCACCAAUGUCAUAGUCAGAUAUCCAGAUGGUGGUCCAGUUCCAGAUACAGCUACGUACAUUCAGAAGCUUGAACGAGAACGAGAAGCCAGAGAGAGAGGAGAGACCAAAGAUAAUCGUUCAUUUCUUGCAAAAUAUUGGCUAUAUAUUGUACCAGCGUUGAUCUUUCUACUUCUGUCAUCUGCAACGAAUCCAGAAGCUGGUGCAGGGGCAAGUGCACAAAGACAAUGAUUUGCUAAUAGAAAUAAUUUCAUUGUACCUGCAUGUGCAUUAUGUCCCAAUGUCAAAGGGUGAUC